UACAGCCCGCUCGGUAUUUCAAAUUUUGAAUUGUUUCUCUUUCACUGUCAUUGAUAAAAAGGCCACAAUCUUUUUUUGAAAAAAAGAUUCUUGGCCAUUGUUCAACACCACGUUCCCCCCUCCUCUCUGCUCUCUUUUCUAACUCUGAUUCCAUUCUCAUGUUCUUUCUAUCCUAACACCAUCUACGCAUUUUUUUUACUUUACAAUUUUCUUCACAAGUAUCUUUCUCUCAAAAUUCCAUGGGUGCAUGUUUGAGUAAGAAAAAAGGGUCUUCUACUUCUACCUCUUCCCCUAUUGCUGCACCCAAGUCAGCUUCCGCAGUUGCUGAGUUGAAGAAACCUUCUUCUGUUGUUGGUGUCAAUGUUUCCAAACCCAAACUGGAAACUGACCCAGAAGUGAAACCGAAGAAGGAAAACCCAAAGAAAGUGGAAGAGAAACAUGAGGCAGUGGCAGAAGUUGAGGGGCAUGUGAAAAAAGAGAUAUUCAUCAUCAAGCACAGGAAGAGCCAUGAUGAUAGGGAGAGGAAUUCCAAGUCGCCACCUUGCACCACUCAGCAGAAUGUCACCGCUGAAUCAAUGGGUGACAUAACCGCACAACCAGCAGCAACAAACAUUGGUGUUGUAGGUGUGAGGACUUCAAGCUGCACCAAAGAGGAGGUGGAUGCAAUUCUCAUACAGUGUGGGAGACUCAGCAGAAGCUCCUCAGGUAAUGCUGUUGCUGCUUCUGGUGAACACAGAAGAAGGUACUCAGGUUCAAAGAGAAGUUACGAUUUUGACCAUUGUGACAAUGACACCAUUUCCAAUGAUGAGGACUCAAAGAAGGGCAAUGCCAAUGAAAGCAACAGUGAUUUGUGUGAGGAUGAGAGGCACCAACACCGGCUGCGGCACCGCCAGUCACCGAGUCCAAGACCUUCUUCUCAGGAAAGGAGAAGAAGAACACCAAGCAGGGAAAGAGAGCAGCAACAACGUUCAAGCAGCCGAGAGAGGAGAGUUAGUAGAUCUCCUGGAAGAAGGUCAUCAGAGAACGCACCUGCCAUUGCAAGAAACAAUAGCAACACUAGUUCUAGGCCUGGGAAAAUGGUUUCAGUGCCGGCCACUGUUUCAUCACUAGUGAUGGAUAAGAGUAACAACAAUGGUGGUGGUGGUGGAGAAUCUGCAGCAACCACUGGCAUCAAGAGGAUAACAGUGAAGAGAAAUGUUGGUGCUGCCUCACCGCGUUCUCAGUCUCCUGCAAGAGCAAAUGCUAAUAAUAAUAAACCAUUCAACGAGAAUCAGCAGCCUCCAUCCCUUAGCCGCAGCUCUUCAAGGAAAGCAGAACAAUCACCUUACAAGAGAAAUCCAUUGAGUGAGAUUGAACCUAACUCCCUUUCUUUUCCACAUUCAGCAGCCAACAAUAACAGCAACAGGGUUCAAAACAGACCCAAAAAGGAAUUUGAAACAGAGGCUAUUCAGAGAACAAAUAGCAGCAGAACUGCAUUGGACAAAGGCAUGACUGUGAAUUACAAGACAAAGGUGCAACAAGAGGGAGAUAUCAAAGUGCAGUCUUCAAUGACCGAUAAUGUUGUGGUGAAAACAAUGGUACCAGCAGGAUUGGACAACCCAAAACCCCAUACAUUAACAAGAAGCAGAUCUUCAAGGCGAUCCCGGGACUUAGACCUCAACCCUGAAGCUCUAUUGAAUCCUCCGCAGUCCUACGCAUCACUGCUGCUUGAAGAUAUCCAGAACUUCCAUCAGAAGAGCACUCAACCUGUUUCUCUUCCAGCUUGUGUCACCAAAGCUUGCUCUAUCCUUGAAGCUGUUGCUGAUCUCAACGCUAACACCAGCUUAAAUCUCUGUGGUGCAGAGGACAGGAGAAGUGCACCAGCUUUUCAGUGUAGUAGGAAUGAUUACAAUGUUCCAUUGAGUGCCAAUGAUUAUGGGAAGAGGGAGCCAGAUGCUGAGGACCCAGUUGUGGAAUCUAUGUUAGUAUUCAAUGAUGAUGAUGAUGAGAUGGAAUCAAGCUUGCAUAAGUAUGUGACAGUGAAUAGGGGUGGUUCACUUGGUGGGGUGGACAUGGAGGACCAAGAGUCUUCAGGAAGCAACAGCUUCACUGUCGGUAAUAGUCAACAGCACUGGGGAAUUUCUUCUUCAUGGGAACCCAGCUCUGUUGAAUCAAGAGAUUGCAGGACCUCAAGAUUGAACUACUCCAGAGAGGAAGGGAGUGUGUCAUCUGAAACAGGAUGUGAUCAUCAGCAUGGGAGUGGGAUAGGUCGUGGAAGGCUUGGUGCCAGUAAAGUACUUCACAACGUACCUAUUGUCACAGCAUCUGCACCCUCAUAGACUGUGUUGAAUGAAUUCUCUUCAUCUUGUAUGUUACAUACUCCAUGAGUUUAGACAUUCCUAAUGUUUGUAGUUGCAUACUUCGCAGCCAGUUCUUGUUUAACUGAGGUCAACAUUUUAACAUGUAUCAAAUUGGAACCUUAUGCUCUUUAUUUUUACAAUUGGAACAGUAUAACAUAGGGUGAUCAAUCUUGCA